AGAACCCUCCUCAACAGGAUCUACACUGAGCUCUACAUCACAGAGGGACAGAGUGAAGAGGUUAAUACUCAACAUGAGGUGAGGCAGCUUGAGACGGCUUCCAAGAUGAAGAGCCUCCACGACACUCCCAUCAAGUGCCACGACAUCUUUAAAGCCUCAACUGACCAGCAGAGCAGCAUCAGAGUCGUCCUGACCAACGGCGUCGCUGGCGUUGGAAAAACCUUCUCGGUGCAGAAGUUCACUCUGGACUGGGCAGAGAGGUUUAAAAACCAAGAUGUGGGUCUGCUGACUGUGCUUUCGUUCAGGGAGCUGAACCUGGUGAAAGACCAGCAGCACAGUCUUCUCACGCUGCUCCGUGUUUUCCAUCCAGCGUUACAGAAGCUCACGGCAGAGACGCUCGCUGUCUGUAAACCUUUGUUCAUCUUUGACGGCCUGGAUGAAAGCAGACUUUCUCUGGACUUCAACCACAGGAAGGUUGUGUCAGUCACACAGAGGUCAUCAGUCAACGUGCUGCUGACAAACCUCAUCCAGGGGAAUCUGCUUCCCUCGGCUCUCGUCUGGAUAACCUCCAGACCUGCGGCGGCCAAUCAGAUCCCUCCUACAUGUGUUGACAGGGUCACAGAAGUACGAGGCUUCACUGACGCCCAGAAGGAGGAGUACUUCAGGAGGAGAUUCAGUGAUGAAGAGCUGUGCAGCAGAAUCAUCUCACACAUCAAGACGUCCAGGAGCCUCCACAUCAUGUGUCAAAUCCCAGUCUUCUGCUGGAUCAGUGCUACAGUUCUGGAGCACAUGUUGACCACAGACCAGAGAGGAGAGCUGCCCAAGACCCUGACUGACCUGUACUCACACUUCCUGCUGGUUCAGACAAAGAGGAAGAACAACAAGUACGGUGAGGGACAUGAGACGACUCCACAGCAGCUGACGGAGGCUGACAGGGACGUUCUCCUGAAGCUGGGGAGGCUGGCGCUUAAACAUCUGAGGGAAGGAAACAUCAUGUUCUACCAAGAAGACCUGGAGCGGUGUGGUCUUAAUGUCCCAGAGGCCUCGGUGUACUCAGGAGUUUGUACUGAGAUCUUCAGAAGAGAGUGUGUGAUCUUCCAGAAAUCAGUCUACUGCUUUGUUCAUCUGAGCGUUCAGGAGUUCCUGGCUGCAGUCUACAUGUUCCACUGUUACACCAAGAGGAACACAGAAGAACUCAACAACUUCUUGGGAACAUAUAGGAACACAUGGAGUAAAGUCUCCCUUGAUGACCUCCUGAAGAGAACCAUGGAGAAAUCCCUCACCAGUACAAAUGGUCAUCUGGACCUGUUUGUCCGCUUCCUUCACGGCCUCAGUCUGGAGUCCAACCAGAGAGUCUUAGGAGGCCUCCUGGGUCUGACAGGGAACAAUCCAGAGAUCAUCCAGAGAGUCAUCAACAACCUGAAGGAGAUGGACAGUGUUAAUAUUUCUCCUGACAGAAGCAUCAACAUCUUCCACUGUCUGACUGAGAUGAACGACCACUCAGUUCAUCAGCAGAUGCAACAGUUCCUGACGUCAGAGAACAAAUCAGAGGAGAAACUCUCUGUCAUCCACUGCUCAGCUCUGGCCUACAUGCUGCAGAUGUCAGAGGAGGUUCUGGAUGAGUUGGACCUGGAGAAGUUCAACACAUCAGACCAGGGUCGACGGAGACUGAUCCCAGCUGUGAGGAACUGCAGGAAGGCUCUGUGAGUCCAGACAUGAUCAGUAACAUGUUCAAUCAGUGUAGAUGAGUCGUUCUUCAAAUACACUCAGUGUUAAAUGAUUCUCAUUGUUCUGGACAGCAUGGUGUUGCAAUGGUCAACACUGUUAGUGCAGCCUUUCUGUGAGGAGGAGGUUCUCCUUGUGUCUGCAGGGUUUUCUCUGGGUUCUCCAGCUUCCUCCUCAAACCCAAAGAUGUACAUAUGGGAACAACUAGAUCAGAUGUGGAGAGUGAAAUCCAAUGUGAUCACUGUGCUGGAGUUUGAGGGUUCAGACAUACGACCAUGUGGGGUGCAAGGGAGAUUAUUGUAUA